GGCUCGAGCGCGAUCACUCCGGCCCGCACCGCGGGAGCAGGCCGGUGCUUUUUGUAGGAAACAAUCUAGGGACCGCGCCGCCGCGCGCGGGAGGGGAAUGGAGCAGCAGCCGAGGGCGCCCGCGGGCGCGGGCCACCCGGACCGGCGCCGCAGCCUCGGGGGCGUGGGCGGGCUGCUGCUGCGCGGGCAGGGCUCCCGCGGCUCGCAGCAGGGCGCGGCGUCGCCCACCGGCGCCCAGGGGUCUUCGUCGGGCGCCGGCGGGCCCGGGGAAGAGAGGUCGGCCGCCUCCCACGGCUCGUCUGGCAGCGGGGACCUCCAGCACGCGCCCCCGCAAGGAUCCGAGCCCUCGCACAGCUCCGCGCGCAGCGCGCGGCGCGCGGCGGCGCGCAGGGCGCUGGCGAGGCACCCGGCUCGCGGAGCAGGAGGAGGCGUUGACCACCAGGACGAGGACGAGGACUACGACGACAGCGGCGUGGAGCAGGGCGAAGGCGGCGACGCGCGCGCGGAGACCGGCCGCGAGCUGCUGGCGCGCAUGCAGGAACGGGGGUUGGCCGACCUCCAGCGCCAGCUCGAGCACCUCCGCCGCGCCACCGCGCAGCACCACGCGGCUGUCGGGCGACUGGAGGGCGCCGGCGGCCAGGAGGCGGCGGGGUCUGCGGGGCCCUCCGCUGUGUCUCCUGCGGCAGCCGUCCUCGCGGGCCGGCGGGGCGGCCCAGGCGGCGCCGGCGGCUCCCUGGCCGCUCGCCUGAGGCGCCGCACCGGCGAGGUGGAGAACGCCGUGACGAGGACGCCCGCCGACGAGGACGACGACGCGGAGGUGCACCCGCACGUCACCUGCGACGGCUGCGGCGCCGGCCCCCCGGGGUGCCGUCGGACCGGGCGCGUGAUGAAGUGCGCAGACUGCGAGGAUUUUGACUUCUGCGCGCGCUGCUACCGCGACCGCGAGCGACUCGGCCACCCCCGCGGCCACCGCUUCCAGGUCCGGCAGGCGGGCGGCUUGCUGCAGUUCCUCGAGAGCGCCAUGCUCGAGGAGGCCCUGCGCCGGAGCGCGGAGGGCAACGCCGCCGCGCGCGCCGCGGAGGAGGCGGCGGCCGCCGAGGCGCGCGCUGCCGAGGCGCUGGCCAAGUGCGCGCGCGUCCCCUGGUCCCGCGGCCCGAAGGGCGGCGACGAGGGAGAGUGCGCCCUCUGCCUGGAGGAGUACAAGGAGGGAGAGGAGGUGCUGAAGCUCGGGGAGUGCGGGCACUUGUUCCACGAGGAGUGCAUCGGGCCCUGGUUCCACAAGGCCCCGACCUGCCCCUUGUGCCAGCAGCAGGUGUGAAGCGCCGUGCCCGGCCCCCCCGCGCGCCGCCCGCCCGAAGGAGGGCAAGUCUUGCGGGGCGAAGUGGCGGGCGGAGAUGGGGGCAGUCGUCGUCGAGCUGCAGCAGGAGGAUGUCUUUGACUCCCUGCGUGUUGCCUUGCCACCCAGCCCAGUCGCACAGUUUGCACAUAGGCGCCCCGUCGUACGCGCUACUCGGGCAGCGAGUGGCGCGCAUCGUCCUGGGUUUCUUUGCACGUUUGGCGGCAAGUAGCUAGCCGCGACAAGUCAGCUCCCGAGACCCGCCGCGCGACCACAGCGGGCGGGUAGUGCAUCCCGUACCUGGCAUAAAUCCCCGCCUCCCACCCCCACCCCGCUCCUCCUCCCCCCACCUCGCCUCGCCGCGGCCGUGUAGCGCGCGCGGGCGACCUGGGCGGGCGCAGCCCCCGGGUCCGGACCCGCGCUGCGCUUCCUGGGCGGGCGCGCCCCGAUUGGGGGCCGGACGGCGGAGGGACGGACUGGUCCUCCUCCUCCUCCUCCUCCUCCUCCUCCUCCUCCUCCUCCUCCUC